UGGUGCAGCAGACAUUGAGGUCAGACUGGGAGGGUUGGCCCUGGGGAGUGGCCGGACUCCGGAACAAGGAAAACUGUAGUCAGCCCAGUUCUGGCUCCCAGAUGUGGCCAGGUGAGGGAGAGGCCAGGUACACACUGUUGACCAGGUAGAUGCGACAGGACUGGAGCCUCUUGAGCAAGGGCCCCGGACAGUGGUCCUUGUUUUUCUCCUAAGGGGCCCCAUGGGGGUGGCCCUGCAGGACACAGCCACCCACCCUUGUGUCUGUGUCCUCUUCUAGGCUGCUGACUUGGGACGCCUGCAAGCCCGAAGCCAUCGGAGCCCCGCGCUGCGGCCUGGGCCAUGGAUUCUCAGGUCAGCAAUGGCGCAGGCCUCCGUGAUGAGCGCAUCACAAACUUGCUGUUGUUUGGCUUCCUCCAAAACUGCUCCAACGCCAGUUUCCACCAUGAGCUGUUGACCCUGUGCUGUGAGCUGCCCCAGCUGCCCAAGGUGCAACCGCAGGGUCUCAGGUACCAGAGUGAUUUCGGUGAACUGAAAGCCCCAGACGACGAGCUGCAAACAGACGGCAACUUCAGCAGCCACUUCGAGGGGGAGGAGCAGCAAGAUUCUGAGAGCCAAGAGGAGAUCAUCCGGGACAUCGCCAGGAACCUGGCCCGGAUAGGAGACAGCCUGGAUAGCAGGAUCCAGCCGGCGCUGGUGAACAACCUGGCCGCCCAGUUCCGGAACCCGAACCUGUCAGAGGAUGAGAGAAAGAAGUAUCUGGCCACCGUGCUGGAUCAGCUCAUGCAGACUUUCCCCAAAGACACAGAGAAGGAGAAGAUGAUGCUGAUGCUGACCAUGCUGCUGGCCAAGAAGGUGGCCGAUCACACGCCAUCCCUGCUCCGCGAUGUCUUUCGCACGACCGUGAACUUUAUUAUUAACCAGAACCUCCUUACCUACGUGAGGAACUUAAUCAGAAACGAGAUGGACUGAAUGGAGGCCUCUGCAAAGCACGACUGGUUAAAACUUGCUAUGGUGACAGCAGAAGAUAGCUGCCUCCCACGAGAUGGAGCCAGGCCAUUUAAGCAAAUUUCUGAAGAUGGGCAUGAGAAAGUAGCUAUUUAUUUCUCCCUCUCUUAAAGAUGAUGCUUGAAGCCGGUGAUCCAUUUAGAAAUCUCUACAUUAAUAUACUUGAAUGAAAAUGUCCAUGCACAUGCUUGAAUGACUUUCGUGCCAUCUUCUAAGUCCACCUGUGUACUGUGUCUUUACCUUAUUUCAGGUCCCCACUUGGAAAUUAAAUUAAAAAAACAGAUUGUUGAAGAAAAAAGCGCAGGUUGUAAGGCAGAAGAAAAACACACUUAGAUACUUGUUUUUUAAAAAAUCCUCCAUUGUUUAUUAAAGUGCAGCCUUGGGGAAUGGCCUCUCCAUGGGCAGUAUUGUGUUUGAGGAGGGCGAGGAUUGGGGGACGGACAGACGUACACGGUCCUUACAAAUGAAAACCGCCUCUCAUCGGCCCCCUCAGCUUAAUACUGAGAAGUAACCUUCCUGUUUAAAAACCAGACAGCUUAAGAGGUACAGGACUAAGUUCUGUACUCAAAUAAUGGAAAAAUCAGGCCUCAAAACCUGUGUUUGAUGUUUUUGAAUUUAAUUUCCUGUUGAGUCAAGAUGAACAGUAGGCGGUUAAAGGGUGUGGAGGUGACGGAAGGGUUCCGAAGUCAGGUAACUCAGGAUACCUUUCCUCUUUUCAAGAAUCAAGGCUUUGCUAAACAUCUUCAGCUGCAUGCCAGAAGGUACCGCCUACAUCGGCAGUGCCUGUUAAUAUUCUAGCUUUCAUUUCCAGCCAUCCCGCCUCAGCUCAUCCAUGCCUAAGAAACUGCAUCUGGAAACAACAGAUUUCUAGGCCUAAGAGAUGAAAGAGCAAUCAGACUUUUAAAAGCUGAGGUGGUUCCCUUUCCUAGUGACAUAGUAUAUCGGGAAUAACAAAAGCGAGUCACUUCGGUUGUGCUAAAGGAACCAGGAGCGCUGACAUUUAGCAUGAGGGCCACGCUGGUGUGCCGUCCCGGGAGAGGGGUCUGCUAGGAUUCCCAACGCGAGGGAGUGACAGACGCGAGGGCCACAUGACACACUCCCUUUAUCCAACAGCGCUGCCCUUGUUACCCUGAAUGUGACGCUCUGGAAAGGACAUGAACAAGAGUAAUAAAUAAAGCUUUCUCCUUACCAAGAACACUUUUCUGUUGCUCAAGAGUUUAAAUUUGUCAGAAAAGUAACUCCACCCUUCAGCAUUGACUACAUAGCACACCAGGGCCGAGUUCGCAGUCUGAUACCUGCGACACCUGCAAAUACUCGAAGGAAGUAGACACUUGUCUUGCAGCGUGAAGACCACAUUUGGGAAUAAAUGUUCCGGUAGCAAUUCUAUGAAUGUUUUGGAGUGAUUUUUUUUUUUUUUUUUUUUAAGGAUUCCUCUCACAGUGGGAACAAGUUGAAGCACACCUGCAGACACAUACACAUCCACUUCUGAAUCAGUGUAAUCAAGUUCUCACUAGGGGGAGAUGUUUUCUUCCAGAAGGAGCAAUUAAGAUACAGGUAGUCAACUCUGAAGUAACAGGAGAGAAAAGAACUCUAAAACAGCCAAUAAUCCUAGACUCUCUCUUACCAACUUUCACUCUUUCAAGGCAUCUUUAUCUUUCACUGUUUUGUUUAAGUCAUACAGUAGGUGUGAAUUUUUCAAGACCGAGUCAGAUAGAUACACUCUCGGUCUUAUAGGAUUAUCACUUCUCCACAAGCCAAUUCUAAAAAUGAUUCCACUGUAUCAAAAACAUGUUCCAUUCCCAGCCACAAGGACUCAGGCUAGUCCUGGACAUUGGUAGAUUUUCCAUCUUGUAAUUAAGAGAGUUUCAUCCUGUUUUUGUUGUUGCUGUUUUAAUAUUUGCACUAGGUGAUGGAAAUGCUUUGGUUAAAACUAAAAAUCACCACCAAAAGAUAGAUGCUUGGCAUGUCUCUUCAGCGAGGGGACUGCUCCGUGUAUCCUGAAGGUCUGAUCAGCCCCCCCUCCCCCAGCAUCGACUCCUGAAAGGCUAAAAGCACCAACGUCUGCUCUUAUUUUCCCACAAUUUCAUUAGCUGCGCCGACCAGGAACUUGCACAGAGUGUCCUUUGGAUGUUAUGAUUGUGUUUUCAGGACCUGAAGUGAAACCAAGUGUGUGUGUGCUUGUGAGGACUGCAAGAUUAUCUCAAAUGGUCCCACCUGCGUGGAGGGCAGAAGGUUACUGUGAAUAAAGACGAGUCUGC